AUGGCUGCUGAAAACUAUACAAGGAUCACGGAGUUUAUUUUCAUAGGCUUAAAAUACCAUCCUCGGAUGCAGGUCUUCCUUUUCUUGCUCUUCCUACUCUUUUACCUGGUUACUAUGACAGGAAACUUGGGCAUGAUUAUUCUCAUCCAGAUGGAUUCCCGCCUCCACACACCCAUGUACUUUUUUCUCAGUCACCUGUCCUUUGUGGACGUCUGCUUUUCGUCCGUGGUGGGCCCCAAAAUGCUCAGAGACUUCUUCACUGAAAGGAAAGCCAUCUCCUUCCUGGGAUGUGCCUUGCAGCUGUGGUUCUCUGGGUUCCUUGCGGCCAUUGAGUGCCUUCUCCUGGCGUCCAUGGCUUAUGACCGCUACGUGGCCAUCUGUAACCCGUUACUGUAUUCAGUUGCCAUGUCGCAGAGACUCUGCAUACAGCUGGUGGUUGGACCCUACACUGUUGGGUUUCUGAACACCAUGACCCACACAACAGCUGCUUUCCGACUUCCCUUUUGUCGGUCCAACAUUAUCAAUCAUUUCUUUUGUGACAUGUCUCCGCUUCUUUCUCUGGUAUGUGCUGAUAUUUGGAUCAAUAAAUUAUUAGUUUUCAUCGUGGCUGGAGCUGUACUAGUUGUCAGUAGCCUGACUAUAUUAAUCUCCUAUUUUUACAUCUUCAUUGCCAUCUUGAGGAUCCGCUCGGCUGAUGGGAGGCACAAAGCCUUUUCCACGUGCUCUUCCCAUCUCACAGCUGUUGCCAUCUUGUAUGGGACUCUCUUCUUUAUUUACGUGAGGCCAGGCGCAAUUUUUUCUCUGGACCUCAAUAAAGUGGUGUCAGUGUUCUACACAGCAGUGAUCCCCAUGUUGAAUCCUCUCAUUUACAGCUUGAGAAAUAAAGAAGUGAAAGCUGCCGUGUGUAGGACCAUCACUAGGAGGAAGCUUUGCAUCAGAAGUUAA